AUGGAUAGUGAAGGAUCGUCGCCGCCAGCGUUUGGGCCUGCGGCACUCGGUUUGCACCCCGUCGGAACAAAAUUUCCCGUCAAAACAACUAACACACAGCCCAUGCAAGUGCUAAAUGCCCGAGGAAUGCCAGCGCGAAUAAGGAAAAAGAAUCGACUAUUUUUUGAUGACAAUAUCAUCAAUGAUAAAAUCCCAGCGGUGAAGGCGACACCGAAAAAAACCCCUGGUUCUGCUAAGAAACCGUUGAGUAACGUUAAGAGCACACCGCGCAGGGAACUAUCUAGUUCACCUCGAAAAAUGCUUCCCCGCUUAUCUAUGAAGAAACAGCAAUCUUCGCGGUAUGCGCACAUGAAGCAAAGCGGUAGAAAACGCAAAACUGAUCCAGAUGGAAAUCUACAUAACCCGAUGAAGUUGGUCAGCUCACCUGCUUUGUUAGAUAAAGCAUGGUGCGAAAUGCUUGGUCAUCAGUUCCGCAACUUCCUUCUGCUGCCCAAAGCACACCGGUUUUGUUAUUAUGAGUUUUUUUACAGUGACAUUGAUCGCAACCUGUUCGGAGCAGCAGGCGAGUUUGAGCAAAUGGUCCGAAUACAUUAUCCACAGUUGAAAACAAACAACCUCACGCGAGCAGAGUGGCGCAAGCUUCGGGCAUCAUUCGGCAAACCAAGACUCUUUUCUCCUGCCUUCGUGAUGGAAGAACGAAUGGAGCUUCUUCGUAAACGGGAAAAAAUACGAGUAUUGCAGUCAAACAGUCUGAGCGACAUUUCUUUCACCGAAGGGCUACCUAACACAAUUUCUAAGCUGAUAUCCCCUGGAGCAAAAGUAACGGCUAAGCUGCGAACUCCUUAUGAUGGCUUAUAUAACGGCACAGUUGAAACCUAUGUUCCGGAAUCGAAAAGCUACAAGGUUACGUUCGAUCGGUCUGGUUUAGGUUCGCGUUUGAUUCCAGAUUAUGAAGUGUUCUCUUUGGAACAACCAGCGAAAAUCAACUUAAACAGCAUUACUAAGGACUAUAGCGUUGCUUAUCAGGAUGCGUCUUUCUAUUUGGCAUCUCCCACCACGAAACAAGCAAAGAAUCCAGGAGACCCGCUGCUUGGUUGUGAAACUGCACAUAAGCUGUCGAGCAGUGACAGGAAAGUGUUCUUCCCCAAAGAAAACAUCGGUGGAUAUCCAGUGAAGUAUCUGGAGCUAAUUGUACGCACUAAGAAAACUCUAUCGGCAAAACAAAUGAAACUGUUACGCCUCCAGAACAUAACAUCGGAAGCGCAAAUAUAUAAAUCGUUCGACAAUCCUCUUCCAGAAGAAUUCAAAAAACGCUAUGCUAUGUUAAUAGUAGCGAUCGAUAAACUGAACCGCGAUCUAGGUGAUCAAGUGAGUCAGCUGCGAGAAUAUGUAGGCACUUUAACGGAUGAUCCAGAUAUGCUGGCUAUGAUUACGCCUAGCCAUUACCGUGAGCAGUCUCGCGAAAAGGCUGCAUUGAUCUUUCAGAAGAACAAUAAGGGUCAUGUUAAGAACGAACACAUUGCAAACUUGAUAAAGCACCUUACCACAAUAAUGUAUCUCGCAUCCAACGUAAGUAAAAACGAAGAAGAUGAGCUCAGCAUAAUGGCGCUCAAGGGUGAGAUUGUCGAAACAAGAGAGAUAAUAGAACCAGCAAAUAUUGCGGCAUUCAAUCGAAAUGUGGCGAAUCAUAUGAGUUACAUGGAGGCACAGCCAGGCCCGUCUAAAAGUAGGAUGGACGAUUGAAUACACUUUGCAUGUUUGAUGGGAUUUAAGUUUAGGGAGUAGAAAAUAGGCAAUGUUCUAUUGGUUUUGUUCAUUGCCCUUUAAUUAACAUGUAUAUAAUUACAAUGAAUUAUAAUGAAUGUGUGGUUUAUACUAAGCUGAUGAAAUGAGAAAUUUGCAUUAACCUAAUAAAAAUUUUCACUAGUGAAUUGAAAAAAAUCAUCUUCAAUUAGACACCCGUUUAUCUUAAUGUCCGA